AUGAGGCCAACAAGCUCCCUCCGCGGCGCAUCCCGCCUUCCGCUCACGACCAAGCGCGCCAACAAGGACUUUUACAAGGGCACGCGCCAGUCGUUCGUCCCCGGCGGAGGACACCGCACUGGCCCGCCGGGGAAACAUGUCGUGGAUGGCAAGGCAAAGUACCGUGUCUUGGAUGACGAGGUGCGAUACUAUGUCGGGCCUGGAAUUGAGGCGUUGGAAAAGACCAGCCUCAAACCCUAUGUCGCAGCACACACGCCGCUCGCACAGAACGCGGCCAAGAUGCCGCCGUUUGCGCCAAAGCCGGCAAAGCAUCUCGGUAUCGCGGGCCGCAAGGCGUGGAGCAAGGCGUAUGCCGAGCUGGGCGUCAAUGACCGCGCGGCGCUUAUUCAGGACGCGCGCAGGAACUGGUUCCACGCGCUGAGCACCGAGUUUGGCCCCAAGACAAAGGCACCCAAGGAGAACAAGGCCGUCUCGGGACCGGCAGAGCCAGUUGAGGGCGAGGCAACCAAGGCAUAG